AGGCGUGUCCCUGGAUGAACUACACAUGCUAGCUGUUUGUAUGGGUCUGUCUAAUAAACACUGAGACUCGGAGGGAUUCCCGGACUUGGCUUGUAUCGCAGUCUGUGCAGCAGCAGCUGUCAGUGUGAGGACCUAACGCGGCUGCGCGGCUUUUCUCCCUCAGCGCUGGAAUUUAAACCGCAUCGCCUGCAGUCUCCUGUUUUUACCUGUAGAUUUUAUUAUUAUACUUAUAAAAAACCUCAUCUGGUUGAAACAUGGCGUCGACGGCGGCGGCCGAGCCCGGUAUAAACCCGGGGUUAAUGUCAGCCCCCGAGUCUCUGGUUCCUGCUAGCAUGUUCGCUCCGGCCGGCCGGGGCUGUGGUGGGGAGGACGCCGAGGCGGAGUGCUUCGAGGACGGCGAGACGCUCAACGGCGAGACCGGGGAUUUCUCCAGUAAGUUGGCUCUGGUCAGUCCUAACGGAGAGCAGUACGACUCGUUGCUGCGGCAGCUGCGUGAGCGGAUGGACGAGGGCUGUGGAGAGACCAUCUAUGUGGUGGGCGUGGGCUCAGACGGAGGUGAGUACGGGCUGGACGAGAGCGACAUGGAGGCGUCGGUGGCCACGGUGCAGUCCCUGUGCGAGCAGAUCGAGGCGGACCUCAUCCUCCUGAGGGAGCGCGCCGAGAGCGGCGGCCAGGUGCGAGAUUACCUCAUCCGACGCCGCGUGGGCGAGGCCGACUUCCUGGAGGUCAGGGUGGCGGUGGUAGGGAACGUGGAUGCGGGUAAGAGUACCCUCCUGGGCGUGCUCACACACGGAGAGCUGGAUAACGGUCGAGGUUUCGCUCGUCAGAAACUUUUCCGCCACAAGCACGAGUUGGAGAGCGGCCGCACCAGCAGCGUGGGGAACGACAUCCUGGGCUUCGACCGCAAGGGCCACGUCGUCAACAAACCUGACAGCCACGGCGGCAGUCUGGACUGGACCAAGAUCUGUGAGAAGUCCUCCAAGGUCAUCACCUUCAUCGACCUCGCAGGACACGAGAAGUACCUGAAGACCACCGUGUUCGGCAUGACCGGCCACCUGCCCGACUUCUGCAUGCUCAUGGUGGGCAGUAACGCGGGUAUAGUUGGCAUGACUAAAGAACACCUGGGUUUAGCGCUGGCUCUCAACGUGCCUGUGUUUGUGGUCGUCACCAAGAUAGACAUGUGUCCUGCUAACAUCCUGCAGGAGACCCUGAAGCUGCUCCAGAGGUUACUGAAGUCUCCCGGCUGCAGAAAGAUCCCGGUGCUGGUGCAGAAUAAAGAUGAUGUCAUCGUCACCGCCUCCAACUUUAGCUCUGAGAGGAUGUGUCCGAUUUUCCAGAUAUCGAACGUCACAGGUGAGAACAUGGACCUACUGAAGAUGUUCCUGAACCUCCUGUCCUCCAGAACAUCGUUUAAAGAUGACGAGCCGGCCGAGUUCCAGAUAGACGACACCUACUCUGUACCGGGAGUGGGGACGGUAGUGUCGGGGACGACGUUACGAGGGCUGAUCCGUCUGAACGACACCAUGCUGCUGGGGCCGGACCCCCUCGGUGCCUUCAUCCCCAUCGCCGUUAAAUCCAUCCACAGGAAGCGGAUGCCCGUGAAGGAGGUGCGAGGAGGACAGACGGCGUCGUUCGCUCUCAAAAAGAUAAAGCGCUCGUCUAUAAGGAAAGGGAUGGUGAUGGUGUCGCCGCGGUUAAACCCUCAGGCAUCAUGGGAGUUUGAGGCAGAGAUCCUGGUGCUCCAUCACCCGACGACCAUCUCCCCACGAUACCAGGCCAUGGUGCAUUGUGGGAGCAUCAGACAGACGGCGACGAUCCUGACGAUGAACCGAGACUGUUUACGGACAGGGGACAAGGCCACGGUCCACUUCCGCUUCAUCAAAACACCAGAGUACCUGCACGUGGACCAGAGGCUGGUGUUCAGGGAGGGCAGGACCAAGGCUGUGGGCACCAUCACCAAGCUUCUUCAGUCGACAAAUAAUCAGCCGUCGAACUCUAAACCUCCGCAGAUCAAAAUGCAGUCGACCAAAAAGACGCCGAAGAGGGAGGAGGGGCAGACGGCAGGGGGGGAGGAGACGCCGAGCAGCACCGGGACGCCCACCGCCGCCGGCGGCACCGCCUCCGUCUCCACCGCCGCUAUACAGCAGCCAAAGUCUGGAGGCAGGCGACGAGGUGGGCAGAGACAUAAGGGUAAAAGCCAGCCGAACGCCACAGCGCCCCCUGCUGGUGCAGUCGGAGGCUGUUAAACCCCGCCUCACUCCAUCACACGCAGUUUUGUAGUUUUUAGAAGAAUCGGGCAGCUGCCUCCACCACUCGUCUGUUCCGGCUUUUAUUUUAACCUCGGACCACGGCACCGCUUCCUCCACGCGGAACCACACGGAACCAGCACGCAGUGUCCAGUUCAACUUCUAAACACUGAGUCGUGUGUCCUUAGAGCUUUACGUCGUUCUUAUUAAAGUUCGUAUGAAAGAAGCAGAGAAACUGCAUGAUGGUUCUUUUACUGUUUUUUUCUUUCCCCUCCAUUUUGUUUGAAAGCCUCAGCGGCGCUGCCUCGAGUCAGAGUCAAUCUGUUCUGCAUUAAAACAUGACGUUACACACAGACUAAACUCGGUCUAGUAACCUUUGUAGAUAAUAUUCUGUUUAAGGUUUAUGAUGAUCAUCUGAUAAAAUAAAGUGUUUCAUCACA